AUGUCAUUCAUUACAAAAGAUAAAGAAAAUAAUGCAAAUGGUUGGUCAUCAGAUUCAUUACUUGAAUUAUCUGAUAUUGCUCAAGAACAAUUACGUACAUUAGAAAGACUUGAUUUUUCUCUUAUACAAAAGAAAUGCCAACAAGAACUUGAAUCAUGGCAUUCAGCUGCUGUAUCACAUUUAGGUCAAAUUUAUUCACAACGUCUAGCAGAUUUAGCUCAAGUUUAUACUCAAGAUGUUUGUCCAGAAUCAGAUAAAUUUAAACAAAAAAUGAUUGAACAGCUUAAAAGUCGUAUUAUGCCACGAAUUAGUAAAGUUCUUGAUGAUCCCAUACCUGACCCAGAAAAAGUCGAAAAAAUGCAGAAUUUAUUAUGUCAUAUAAAAUCCGAAUGUAACAUGAUGCGUGAUCGUCAAUGGAUUCGCGUUCAAUUACCUGAUAUAAAAAGUUUAUCGAUUCCAAUAAAAAUAACAAAAACAAGUUUAUCAAAUCAUUUAGCUGAACAACGAAAAGAUUUAUUUGAAGAUUUAAGUGAUGAUGAUGGUGAUAAUAGUAAUAAAAAAGAAGAAGAAUCACCAGCGAAAAAAAAACGAAAAGAAAACGCAAUUGAUAUUAUUGAUUUAUUUACUAUAAAUCCUGAACCUAUUAAACACUAUUCGUUAGAUACAAAUUCAUCAACAUUAUCACUUUCAAAUACUCAUAUUCUUGUUCACGAUAGCCACAAAUUAAUUCUAUUUGAUUAUCAUAGAAAAUUAACUGAACUUCAAUGGAAUGAUAAUGACUACGGUAUUCUUGUUGAUAUGUGUUGGAUGUCAUCAUUAUCUGUAUUUGUGAUAUUAACAAUACAUUCUGUUUAUCUAUAUGAUCCAACAAAACCACAACCAAAUCUUCCAGUUAAAGUCGAAGCAAUAAAACCAUUAGAUCGUUCACAUGUACUAGCAUCAAUAUCAUCGUUUGAACGUGAUAUUUAUAUAAAUUAUCAUAAAGGUGUUCAUAUCGAUCAAUAUCGUGUUUCAUCAACAUCUCAAUGGUCAUUAGAAAAACGUUAUUUAAAAGCUGAUUGUUGUGAAACAAAAGAUAUUGGAAUUCGCGAUGCUCGAUGUGAUUCGCAACAUAUUUGUUUAUCAAUAAUGCAACAAGAUGAUUUAAAAUGGAGAUUAGAUAUAAUGUCACGUGAUAUGAAAAGAAUAAGACGCGGAAUAUCAAUGGAUUCAGGAGAAAAUCAACAUAAAUUUUUUUCAAUGCUUAUUUCGCUUCAUGAUCAACGUUGGUUAUUUGUUAAUUGGUAUACAAAUAAAAUUUGGCUCGUUGAUCAACAAGGAAAAACAAGAUUAAUUAAAGAAACAAAAAUUAAAAAUAUUCGAAAUAUUUGUCUUGCUCCAAAUGGCUCUUAUGCGGCUAUUAGAACUGAGAAACCAUCGGCUCUUAAACUUUAUAAACUUGAAUAA